AUGACCAAAAAGAAAUCGAACCCACAAUCUAAGCACCUCAAGAACCAAGAAGAAGCCGCCGUUCUGGACCAACCCAAAGCCUUAUCCACUCAGUCCUCCAUGGACGAUCAUGAGGAGAAGCUUCAAAAUCUGAAAUCACUUAACUCUCUUAUUCUUAAAGAGACCGUUCAGAAGAGACAGCAGGUUGAGUCUCUGGUGAAGGCGAAAGAGGGGUUGCAGGCUGGGUUGACUCUAGCCGGCGAGGAAAAUGUGGGUUUGAUGUUGGAGAAGGAUCUGUUAUUGGUUUUUGUGGAGACCCAGAUGGGUUUUGAAUUUGAUGGGUUGGUGAGACAGAGGAGUGAGAGUGAGAGUGUGAUUGGAUUGCUGAAGAGCGAAAUGAACGGGGUGAUGAGUGAUCUGGAAAGCGAGAGGGGCAAGUUGAGGCAGGUUUGCCAAGAAAGGGAUUUGUUGAAGGGGGAAAUGGCAAAGUUAAAUAGGGAAUAUGAACUGCUAUUGGAGGAGAAACUAGAGAGGGAGGAAGAUAUUGAGGCCAUUAGAAGGGAAAGUGAAGUGGUUAAGAUUAACUUAGGGGAAAUGGAAAUAGUUACUGAAAAUAUGAAGAGAGAGAUUGAAAGUAUUGUGAAAGAAAAGGAGGAAAUUGAGGGCGAGAAAAAGGGGCAGAUACUUGUGAUUUCUGAGUUGGAGAAAGAAGUACAGAAGCUGAAUGAGAUAAUACGGAAUUUGGGGAAGGAAGGUGAAGUUGUACACAAGAAGGCUCUAGAUUUGGAGAAGAUUUAUAGUCAGGCUAUGGAGCAAAAAAGGGUAAGAGAGAAUGAGUUUGAUGCUUUGGUUGCAGAGAAGAAAGAGAAAGAAAAUGCAUUCCAGAGGUUAAGGGAGGACAAGUAUUCAUGUGAGACGUUGUACAGGAUGGCACAAAUGGAAAUAGAGAAUUUUAGGGAAUCAAGAGAGAAAUUGAUUCAAGAGAAAAAUGAAAUUGAGGAGGCGAAACUUGGCAAAGACCGUGAAGCUGUUGAGUUACACAAAGAGGUUGGUGAGUUAAGAGACAUUAUAUCUGAAUUGCAAGAGUCGUGCAGAAACCAAGAAGAGGGGAAUAAUCAAUUGUUGUCUGAAAUCAGCCGCUGUAGAGAUGUCAAUGCUCAAGUAAUGUUUGAGAGGGAUGAGGCUCAAAAGGCUCUGGAUGAGGAGAGAAAGAACAUAGUGGAUUUGAGGUCAAGGGUUAUGGAAAUAGAAAAAAAGAUGGAAGGUACUGUUGCAGAGUUGGCUUGUGUAAGCAGUUCACGGGAGAAGCUAAUUGAGGAAAAGGGGGAGAUGGAAAACCAAAUGAGACUGGUUUGUGAGGAAAAGGAUUUAUUGCAAAAGAAUCUAUUGGAGGUUCGACAAGGAAUUUGUGAUUUAAGGGCUAAAAUGGAAGCCCUUGAAUUUCGUUCAGAGCGGGCAUUGACCAUGUUGAAGAAUACUGCUGCAUUUGUGCGUCUAGAAAAGAAUGGAGAGGGAGUACUUAAUAAUGAACAGAAGCUGGCAGAUCAGAUGGAGUCAUAUGCAGCUGAGCUGGAAGCCAUCAAGGAUGCAUUCACAGACAAAGAGAUGGCAGUGAAGGAUUUAAAGCAGCAACUUGAGUGUAUGCAGAAUUCUCUUGCGCGGGCACAUAAGAGGAAGAGCUUAUGGACUGUGAUAUCUUCAGCCACAACUAUUUUUGCUGCAGCAUCUGUUGCAUAUGCUGCCAAAGGACGCUGA